AUGGGGAGCCAGUGCAGUUUUUGGAGGAUAGGGGUGAUGUGUUCUCGGGAGCGGGUGUGGCUGUGGAUGAAAUAUUAUUCAACCAAAGACACGAUCAGUGCUGUGAUCCCAACUCAAACAUACGAGAUGAUUUCCAGCAGAUCAAAGUCCUGUCCGAUGUUCCUGUAUGCGUUACCUCAGAAGGAGGGUUAUGAGUUCUUCGUGGGUCAGUGGUCCGGACAUGAGCUCCACUUCACCUCCCUUAUCAACGUCCAGACGAUGGGUGAGAACGCUCCCAGUCAGCUGAUCCUCUAUCAUUACCCCGACCUGAAGGAGGACAAAGGCAUCGUCUUCAUGACGGCCGAGCUGGACCCAAAGUUCAUAACCGUCCACCAGGCUCAGUGUUUGGCCAAUCAGGUGCAGCUGUUCUACGGCACGCAGCGGCAGGAGACGUUCAGAUUGGUGGAGACGUUCAACCACUCGCCCGCUGACUUCAAACACAUGCUGGUGAUAGCAGAGCUGGAGCAGAGCGGACUGGGACAGACCAUCAGUCCUGCUGGAGGCUCGUAGGGAGGCUGAAGGGAACCGGCCUGCUGGAGAGGGAGAUUUCUUCUUCUUCUACUCCUUCUACUUCUUCUUCUACUACUCCUUCUUCUUCUUCUUCUUCUACUUCUUCUUCUUCUUCUACUACUCCUUCUUCUUCUUCUUCUUCUACUUCUUCUU